AUGACAUUCAUUAUCAGUAGCAUUCCUCUAGUUCCCUUUACUGGUAGCUCCAAGGUGGGUUUAAUGGUACAACACACAGUAAGUGGUAGAUCUGGCAAAACAUUGCUAGAGUUGAAUGGGAACAAUGCAAUCAAAGUCAUGGACGAUGCUGAUAUACAGUUAGUUGCUCGUUCUGUUCUUUUUGCUGCUGUUGGAACCGCUGGCCAACGUUGCACAACUUACCGUAAAAUCCUUUUGCAUGAGAGUGCGUAUGACAAAGUACUUGAGCAACUCCUUACUUCAUACAAACAAGUCAAGAUCGGUGAUCCUCUUGAAAAAGGGACGUUGUUAGGACCAUUACAUACUCCUGAAUCGAGGAAUAACUUUGAGAAAGGAAUCGAAGUCAUCAAAUCCCAGGGUGGUAAAGUACUAACCGGCGGUAAAGCAAUAGAAGGUGAAGGAAACUUUGUGGAGCCUACGAAACUUGAGAUAUCAUCAGAUGCUGCUGUUGUUAAAGAAGAGCUAUUUGCUCCGGUUCUAUAUUAUGCUCUAAAGUUUAAGUCAUUUGAAGAAGUUGUAGUGAUAAACAACUCGGUUCCUCAAGGUCUAAGCAGCUCCAUAUUCACACGUAAACCUAAACACAUCUUUAAUUGGAUAGGACCAAUGGGAAGUGAUUGUGGGAUAGUGAAAGUGAACAUACCGACGAAUGAAGAUGAGAUAGGAGGUGCUUUUGGAGGUUAGAAAGCGACUGGUGGUGGUCGUGAAGCUGGUAGUAACACUUGUAAGCAGUAACAAUUUCUCUCUCUCUCUCUUACGACUACGAUCAACUAUGGGAACAAGUUACCUCUAGCGCAAGGAAUCAACUUCGGUUAA